AUGGAUUAUGUGUUGGACUUCAAUGACAGACCGGAACCCAGAUGUGCAAAGAUAAUAAUAACCAAAAUAUUGGUAGCCACCAGGGAUACAAAUUCCCAGGUUCCUGUUGCAUGUAAAUCAUGUCCCUGUGGCUACAUAUUUAUUAGUCGAAAACUCUUGCAUGCUAAACGUGCUGAGAGAUCACCACCCAUCACAGAAAACAAGAGUGAGGCCAAAAGGAGACGGACAGAGAGAGUUAAGCGAGAGAAGAUAAAUUCUGCAGUAAAUAAAGACUUAGAAAACCGAAAAAGAUCCAGAUCUAACAGCCAUUCAGAUCAUAGCAGACGAGGAAGAGGAAGACCUAAGAGUGCCUCAGCCAAAAAGCAUGAGGAAGAAAGAGAGAAACAAGAAAAAGAAGUUGACAUGUAUGCUAACCUUUCAGAUGAAAAGGCCUUCGUAUUUUCAGUGGCCUUGGCGGAAAUAAACAGAAAAAUUAUCAAUCAAAGACUUAUUCUGUAACUUGUAAGCACAAUCUGAGGCAUUUAUAUGCAGAAUGGCUAGCAUAUUUCCAAGGUGUCGUGGACUCUCGGAAAGUGUGUUGUCUGCACCAUCGAGGACCAUACUAUUUCCUGUUAAAAUUCUGCUGUUGUUCUUGGAAGUCGAAUUCUGUCUCUACAAGUCAGAAGGAAAGUGUUCACAAGAUUGUGCUAUGAAAAAUCAGAAAGCAGAUAUGUUUUACACCUUGAAGACAAAUGCUAGACAAAUGCACAGAGAGACUGCACCCAUUCCAGAGCACUUCUUUUGAAUUUGCUGCCAGAAAUGCAAUAUUUUAAAUAUUUUCAGAAAUAAAUGAUUUUCCUUUAAAAUUAUAUAUUUCAGAUUUUUCAGCUAUGUUGCAGUUUACAUAUGUACAGUUCACAUAACUUUUUAAUAAAUUGAUAUUCCAAUA